CACAAGACAACAGAUACAAGACAAGUGCAGCGGCAGAGAGAUUUACCACAGCUCACAGACCGCUGCAGCCACCGCCACUUCUAUUGUGAACCUGCUCCUCAGCCCAGAAGUGAUAUUACCUCAGGCACCAUGAGCGACCAGCUGACGUUCACCCUGGAGAACCGGGACCGGAUCCAGGCGGUGGAGAGCUCCUUCGGCCCGACGGGGAAGCCGCUGUUCCAGCCGGGCCGGGUUCUGAUCGGAGAGGGCCGCCUGCUGAAGCAGAGUCGCCGGGGGCCGCAGCCCAAGGCCUUCUUCCUCUUCAAUGACAUGCUGGUGUACGGCAGCAUCAUCCUCCACGGCCGCUGGCACAAGAACCAGAAGAUCAUUUCUCUAGAGGACAUCGAGCUGGAGGACAUGGAGGACGGCUUGACAAUGAGCAAUCAGUGGCUGAUUCGGACACCUAAAAAGUCGUUCUACGUGGCCGCCGCCUCGCCUGCUGAGAAACGGGCCUGGAUGGAGCACAUCGAGGAGUGCCGCUCCCAGCUGCUGCAGAGCGCAAGCCGGCGACGAAGCUCCACCUUUGCCGUCACCUGGAUCCCGGACAGCGCCUCCGCCAUCUGCAUGCGCUGCUCCGGCAAGUUCAGCUUCACCCAUCGGCGACACCACUGCCGACACUGCGGCUUCGUGGUCUGCGAUUCCUGCUCCAAGGAGCGAGUGAUGCUGGAGCACAUCGACUGCACGAAGCCGCUGAGGGUGUGCAAGCUGUGUUACACCGGUCUCAUGAAGAAGGAGAACCGCUGGAGCGGUGGCAGCGAUGGGAAGAGCGGCUCGUACGAAGAAGACGCGGCCGCUCCGGAGCUGGAGCUGUCCAGCAACGAGGAGCCGAUGGAAAGCCACGCGCCCAGCCGCUGGGUGACCCCCGAGAUGGACAGCUGGUCGCCGUACGUCUACCUGAAACCAGAGCACACGAAGCCCCUCACGACAUAAACGUGUGAAUGAGAGAGCAGCGAUCAGUCCCGGUGCGAAACGCAAAUGUCUCGUCGGUCUGAACUGCUUGUCGGUGUUUCCUAACUAAACAUAAAGUGUGUACCCGAAAACGCAGACACAAAGCUGACGCAGAUACACAGGAACUUGUUAAAAACCACUGUGACGCAGGUCCUGAACAGGUGGUGGAGGGAACAAGAAAACCCCAAAACGGCAGAGCACUUGUUAAAUAAAAUGUCAUCACUGUGCAGAAGUUGUCACAUUGUGCAACACUAAUAUUUAUCAGACAUGAAGAGCAUACAUCUUUAUUCUUUAAGCCUCGAUCGAGCCUCGGUUUACCAUUGUUGUCCUUCAUUUUAUUUAAGUCCACUGUUUGUAUAUUCCCUGUACAUGCCAGUCACUGUUUACUUGAAAAAAUGCACUUUUUAUAUGAUAAUGCAUCAUGUAUAAUGAAUUAUGUAUUAUUGUGUAUCUCCUACAACUGUACAUUUACUUUGGAAAACAGCAAUACUCUAUCUUUUAUAUAUUAACAUUUUA